AUGAUCCAGAGAGUUUACCAUAAGGAGCUGGUGUUCACCGACGUUGAGCCAUCCUGGGGCUCUCACAUCAUCAAUUCAUUGGAUGUCCAUGGGGAUGUGGAAAGUGCAUGUUCCCGACUCCACUACAACUCGGUGACCAAGAUCCUGUGGGUGCGACUGAUGCCGACAGAGAUCCACGCGUGCCAUCAACUCUGGCUACGAAACGAGAACUUCAACUGGAUGGCGUCGGGGCAGUUGACACUCGAGGAACUCAAAGCAUUGCGCAUAUUGGUAGGAAUCACCAUCCGAACAUUCAAGCCUCCAUACGACAAGUCGUGCAAGGAGCCAGAUCUCUUCAUACGACCGGGGGAGCAGCGACUUCCUUCCGUCGUGGUGGAAACGGGAUGGAGUGAGACGUAUCCACGUCUGCAGAGCGAUGUAGACCUGUGGUUACUCGGUGGAAAACCAUAUGUCAAAGUCGUGAUGCUCUUGAAAUGGACCCUCGUUGAAGAUUCAAAAGUAGAGGGGUCCAUCGAAGUGUAUAGCCGUGACUUGACGGGGAUUCCAGCGAGGAGGCAGAGCGAGAUUGUCUUCCCUGCCAACCAGGGCGGGCAAAAUGCAUGCCUUCACCUCACCCGCGGGGAAUUAUUCGGAGAGGUUGAUACCCCCGGGAGAGAUCAAAAUGAAGUGUUCAACUUGAGUCUUGACGAUCUGCGCGCAGUGGCCGGAAAUGCUAUGCAGCAUAUGAGGCUUUCCCCGGCGUGA